AAAAAAAAGUUUAAUAAAAUAAAAAACAUUUUUUUUUUUCUUUAAAAGAAAAUCUCUCCUAAAGGAUGUAAUAGGAUAAAAAUUAAAAGAAUCAUAAUCGAGUACGUGAAUGUAGAUAUGCAAGGAUAUUCGUGUCUCGUGGAAGAAAGAGGAAAAGAAAAAAGAUAAAAGAAAAAAAAAAAGAAAAAAAAAAAAAAACAAAAAAAGAGAAUAAAUAAUAAAUCAAGAUGGCUCGUAAAUUCGAUAAGAAUUUUUUCGAACAAGUAUUGCGUUUAAGUUACAACGACGAAACUAUCGAGAUUAUUGAUUACGACGUUAAGAAUUGUUGCGCGAAGGGUACGAAUUUUUUAAGUGAUUUAUAUCGUUUGACGUUUAAAUUGAAACGAUCGACAAAAACAAAUGAUAAGAAACAUAGCGUUGUAAUUAAAUGCGAACCAACGAUGGAUUUAUCGGCAUUAGAAAUUUAUACACGACAAAAUUUAUUCGAAACUGAAUCAAGAAUUUAUACCGACGUAUUGAAAGAAAUCGAAAGGAUAAUAUGCCAAAGGAUUGGACCUAAAUUAUUGUACAGUUCGAAGGAUUCGAAGAUUCUCGUUAUGGAGGAUCUUAAAGUUGAAGGAUAUAAAAUAAUGGAUCAACAAAAGGGAUUGUCAUUGCUUCAUUGUCUUUUGGUAAUUUACAAAAUGGCCGCUUUACAUGCAGGGUCAGUUGCACUUUGCGAGAAGAAUCCAGAAUUGGCGAAGUCCUUCAAUGGUGGUAUACUCGUUAACACAUUGGACAGUUUUCUAAAACUAUCCGAAAUUAAUAUAAUUAACGCGUGUCGCGAGAUACGCGAUAGUUGGUCGUAUGAUUUUCACGAGUACGCAGACAAAUUGGAAAGAUUUGCCGAAAUAAUUAAGAGCAAAGAGGACACAGCUUGUAUUUAUCAAUACGAAACGGAUGAAUUUUGCGUUAUCAAUCACGGCGACUGUUGGAUCAAUAACAUCAUGUUCAAGGACAACGAGUCAGGCGAGCCCAGUGAUGUUUUAUUGGUGGAUUAUCAAAUGUCGGUAUAUUCGUCGCCUGCCAUCGAUUUGCUCUACUUCUUAAAUAUUUGUCCGGAAAAUAAUUUGAAAUACGAGAAGGAGGAUUAUUUUUUGAAAAUAUACAUAAGAACAUUGGGAAAUAUAAUGAAGACAAUUGGUUGUAUCACCAAACCACCUACUAUGGAAGAUUUAAAACGAUCGAUGUACAAGAGACGUUUGUUUGCGAUUUUUUCUGGAAUUGUAUUAUAUCCACGAAUAGUAUCAGACGAAUCUAAAACUUUUGAUGAGAUAUUAAGUAAAUCAGAUGGGAAUACAAAGAUAAACGUUUUUAAGAAAGAAGAGGCAAUCGUGUCAGUGCGUAAAUGUAUCAAACAUAUGAAUCAACAGUGCUAUUUCGAUUGAAUUAUUUUAUAUUAUGUAAGAUAAUUAAUUAAUUAAUUAAUUAAUCAAUUAAUUAAUAAUAAUAAUAAU